UGCCCGCGGGGCGGGGCCGAGCUCUGCCCGCCCCGCCCGGGUCGGCGGCGGAGAACCAUGGCGGGGCGAAACCCGGGCACCGAGCUGGAACUUGGCUGGAUCUCAAAAGUGUAUGUGAAUCGACCUGCAGUUGUGAGGCAUGCAGAAGAAAUUAAAAAAUGGAAAACUUUGAAAGGUAAUUGGCAAGCUGCUUGGCUGCUGAAAGCUGUCACCUGCAUAGACCUCACCACUCUUUCAGGCGAUGACACUCCUUCAAAUGUUCAAAGACUGUGUUUUAAAGCAAAGCAUCCUAUCAGAGAGGAUCUGCUCAAAGCCUUGGACAUGCACGAUAAGGGAAUUACUGUUGGAGCAGUUUGUGUAUAUCCUGCAAGAGUCACCGAUGCUGUUAAGGCCCUAAAGGCUGCUGGUUGUAACAUACCAGUAGCUUCAGUGGCUGCUGGGUUUCCAUCUGGACAAACUCCUCUAGAAACCAAACUGGCUGAAAUAAAGCUGGCUGUGGAAUAUGGUGCCAGAGAGAUUGACAUUGUCAUUAGCAGGAGUCUGGUGCUGACUGGCCAGUGGGAAGGUCUCUACGAGGAGAUACGUCAGUGCCGUAAGGCCUGUGGAGAAGCUCACAUGAAAACAAUCCUGGCAACAGGUGAAUUGGGGUCCCUUGCUAAUGUCUACAAAGCCAGUAUGAUUGCUAUGAUGGCAGGUUCUGAUUUUAUAAAGACGUCUACAGGAAAGGAGGUGGAAAACGCAACCCUUCCAGUUGGAGUAGUCAUGAUGCGAGCCAUUAAAGAAUACUACUGGCAAACUGGCAACAAGGUUGGAUUUAAACCUGCCGGGGGCAUUCGGACAGCCAAAGAAGCCAUCACUUGGCUUAUGCUGGUGAAGGAGGAGCUGGGAGUGGAAUGGCUGACACCAGAGCUCUUUCGCCUGGGUGCCAGUAGUUUGCUGGGAGACAUUGAGCAACAGAUUUUCUAUCAUGUGACUGGCUCUUAUCCACUUCAGCAUGAACUGGCAAUGGCUUAGGCACAAAAUCAGCUCAGGAUUACUUUUACAAAAGAGGUCUUUAAGCAAACAGCAUUGAGAAGUCUUCUGACAACCAAGUGCAUAUGAUGGAAUGAAAGGCCUAAUUCUCCCUUCUUCAUAUUUUAUAGUAUUUAAAAAUAUGCUCAAGUCUGGUGGUUGUACUUGAUCCAAAAGCAGGAAAAAAAAUGGUAUUUCUGAAAUAGUUAAAUAGUUAAUACUUACAGAUUUGCAAAGUUAAUCUUCCAAAGUUCCUCAGACCAGGCUGAAAAAGCUUAUUAAUGGCAACACUGAAAUACUAUGAAAGAGAUUUAGGUGGCCUGGUAACACUUUGCAGUCACAGAAUAUGAAGUAUCUAUGGAAUGUUUCAGAUUGCUAAUUAAGAGCUACUGAUCUUGAAAUAGAUUUCCAUUCACCUCAGACAAAAUCUUCUGGCACAAAUGUGUUGCACUAUUAAUUGUUAUGUUGAUUCAGUUUCAAGCAUUAUAACUGGAAAAAAGAAUGAAACUUGGCUAAUACUGUCUUUUAUAAAAUGUCUUCUGUAUCAAAAAAACCCACCUCUUUUUUAUUUUUUGUAUUUUUCCCCUCAAACUUGGGCACAGACAUCCAUAUUUAGACCCUUGAAUAAAAGUGGCUUGAUUUCUAGAGCAGCUGAGUAUCCACAGUUGCUCCUGAAGUUAAUGGGAGCUCUGGGUGAUCAGAACAACUGAAAAUCAAGCAGUCUCUAUAUAGGUGCCUAACUAUGCAUUCAGGGGCCUAUUUUUAGCCAUUUCACUCUUAAAAUUUUAGUCUAACUUGCUUAGAAGCUCCCAUUCCUGUCUCCUGUCAUUUUAAAACACAUUCAUGCAAAUCUUUCCAUUUUAAUGUAGGGGGGUUUGACUGUCAGUUUGCAGGUGUCACUGCUGGCUAAACUUCAGCUUUGCCAGUCUAAAAGCAAUUCUUUAAUUUAAAAGGUGAAUUGAAUUGUGUCCUAUAUGGGGUUUAAUGCUUUAAUGUAAAAAGAAAUGUACUUUUCUCAGAGCACAUUAAGAAUAAUACUGAAAUCAUCAACACCUUUUGAACAUCAGACUGGAGCUGGUGGAUUCAUUAUAUCAGGACUGCAUUCUGCUCACUAACCAGAGUUGUACUAAAAACUUAAUUAUCUUAUCGUCAUGACUAGUCUCACUGACUUAAGUAGGUCUCAUCAUGGAAGUAAGAGUAGGAGGAUUUUGCUGUAAAUCAAGGUACAAGGUACAUUUAUUACAAAGAGAUUUAUUAUAAAGAAAUAACUCGGUUAUUUAUCUGGUUAUGCCACCUGAAUCACUAGUGUGCUACAAACCACCUUGGACAGAUAGGAAAGCUGAUUAGGGAAAAAAAUCAGAGAAACAAUAUAUAGAGAAAACAAAAUCCUAUAUGCAAUGCUCAGUACUAAAAAUGGGCCUUAAUUUCUCAGGAAGUAGUUCAUCCGAGGCUCUCUGUCUUUUUCUGCUUUAGGUCUCUUCACAGAAAAUGAGGCUGAGCUGUAACACUACUUUCAUGUUUAUUUUCCUGAAAAGUGGCCCUUUUUGCCAUGGGUUUUCCUUCUGAGUGCACUGUCAGUCUCUUCAAGGAAAAAUCCAGUGCCUGUUUGCAUACUGAGAGGAAGAUUCUGCUGCUCAGCUUUAAGAAAUGCAGAGCCUGUUAUUUGAGGUCAGGUCCCACCGGGUGCUUGCCAGGCUGACCCUCUGCCGUGCCCUCCCAGCAGCCACACACUGGAUUUUGCUGCUGUUUAGCUGUAUAAAUGUUGGUGUGUGUUUCCAUAGUCUCAUAUUAGAAAGUCAUACUACUUACAAAGUAUCCUGUUUUGUUGUUGGUUGACUUUUGGACAUUUAGGGUGAAGACAGAAGAUGCAAACUGUUUUCGGAGAUGCUUUAGUUUCCAGGUGAAGGACUCUGUGUAGUUCCUUAAGAUUAACAGAGGUCCAGCUUUGCCACCUCACUGGGUAAGGUGAGUCUCACCUCUGGGAACAACCUUAUUGUCUCCACAGAAACUGUGUCGAUUAGUGAAAUUGCCCAGGAGGAAUUCUGUGGAAUCAGCCCCCCUUUGUUCUGAUGUGCACAUGGGCUGUUGCUGGUUACUUCACUUCAAAGGUUUGGCUUCCUGAGAAGUCAAAGAGAGCUGCUUCCCUUUUCCAUGAACAUUAUAAACACACUGAUGUUAAAUACUGUGCAACUCCAGGCCAACCAGUGUUUUGGGAGAAGCUGGCUUGGAAAGUAAUUUUAUACAUUUUUUUUCUGUUCAAACCUGUAAUACUUUUUUGGAAAAAAAAGAAAAAAAGUAACAGACUCUGUAAACACAUCCAAAUAAAGAUGAUUCUGGUUU